AUGUUUUGUUACCUCCCGAAUCGCACAAUGCUUGACACAAAUGGGCGAAUGAAUUCUGAGAGGUUAAAUGCAUGCUUCGUGGCUUUUGUAUCCAAAGUGGUCCACGGUCGAUGUUUUCAAUACUCGUUACCAAUAGAUCCACAUUUUCUCAUAAAAAAUGCUAUUUUUGAUACGAAAAAAAUAGACUCGCUAAAGAGAUGGUGGGAGUUGAGUAAAGAGAUGAGGAAUCGGAGGAAUCGGAGGAAUCGGAAGAAUCGGAGGAGUCGGAGAAUCAAGAAAUUAUCCAAAAAAAGUGACACUCUAAAACGUGAAAGGGCGAAAAGAACAUCUGAUCCCAGAAAAUUCUGGAAGGAUUUGCUAAAGAAACGGAAAAACUUUCAAAAGUAUGUCGGAAAAAGCUAUCUGCAUGAGGGGGCCCGCUUUUUGACAAGGGUUUUGACAAGGGUUGGCUCACUUUUUUUUUUCAUUUUUGCAAGAAUUUACGACAUUUGUUUUGAUGACUCAAGCUCACCAAACGACGGCUUUAAAAAAGCAGAGACGCGGGAAGAAACGGCGUCUGAUCGUGGAAAGUCAGCUGUCCUUUUGAUUCGACUCGCAAAUAAACCAAAAACACCAGUUUUUGCCUAUGUUGAUUCCCCCCAUUCCGGACUGUAUUCUCAUCUCAAUAUUCAUGUUCCUACGGGGAAAGUAUAUAAGGGAAGAAGAAGAAGAAAUCAAAUAAAAGAAUUGUUGCUUGAUGAUCCACAUGACUACGUAGAACUUGAUUGCCUAAAAGGCAGUGUUAUUUUCGGAAAGAUAAUGAUCUCUUUUAAUGGAUACAAAAAGACCGAGCGAAAGGAGCUAACCGUGAUGCAAAAGUUUUUCCACCUCUCGGGAGUCGAAAAAUUUGCAAUCGGUCUUGAAUGGCUUCAACUGCUCGGAAAUUUUUUAUGGAUUUUCCUUUGGACUCCCAGUGAUUCCAAUCAUCCUACCAUGAAUUCAACUUACUGGUUUGAUUGGAUGAUCAGUGUAGUUAUCCUUCCAAUGAUGCGCUGGAUCUGGACGUACAGUGUUCAUCUGCAAGUCAUGAGAUUGGGUCGAACGUCUUACCCAGUCAAACUAUUCUUAUUAAACAUUCGCACAAAACUGGAGGCAAAGAUGCCGCUGUUCAGAAAGAAGAAACAACAAAAAGGAGCCAAACGUGUUAUAUUAAAAAGAGAUUCGAUUUCCGAUGAUGAAGACGAGGUUUAUGUCCAAGCACGGAUGAGUGGAAAGGAUCUAAUAUUCGACUUGUGUAAUUGCCAAUAUGAUGAGCAUGGGAAAGCAGAACUUUGGACUCAGAUCGUCUAUUGCCUUUGUAUCAAUCACAAAGUGACGAUUGUGAAACGGGUGUUUAGCGAAGAAUCACUUAAAGAAUAUCGGCAACUCAAGGAUUGUACCUUUUCAAAGUUCGAAGAUUAUGCCUUGAUUGGUCCAAGAAAGCUCAAUCGAGAAGAGCUAAAUGAGUUUCUCGGUCUGCAAAACAAAUUCAACGAUUUUUCAACAAGUAGCAUCUGGGUGAAUUUCGAGAAAGGCGACAAGUCAUUCGCAAAAGUCGAUCUUUUUUCCAAACUUUUCGAUCCAUUGAUGCGUGGCCGAAAGCCUGACAAUGAUCACGAUCUUCCUUGCAUCGGGGUAAUAAACGAUGGAGAUUGGCUUGUUUGGCACAAAUUUACGGAUUGCAUGCAGAAAAUACCCUUUACCAUUAACAAUGCGGCCGCAGUGACCGAAAGCGAGUUAUGCGAAAUCUACGAAAGCGAUAAACCAGAGCGACUCUUGGAAAUUUUUCUUGGAAAAUCAAUUGAAUCAAAUGACUCUGGGACCUCUUGCAGCACAAAGCCAAUGGGAAAUGUCUCCUGCUCAACUUCAAUAGAUAAUUUUGUUGAUGCUGCAUCGACUUGGUCCAGCGAUCUUUUUAAUUCUAAUUCAUCAUCUCUUUUUCGACAAGAAAGCCAACCUUUAACCAAACACGAUUUUCUUUCGAAAAUAAUCAUGCUUGAGGAGCGCAACAAGUUGGUUGGUCACGGAGCUUAUUCGGAAGUCUAUCGAAUUUCCGAUUCCGAACGCCCAAUGGCUGUGAAAAUUUUCCGAGCUAGCGGCAAUGGGAGGAGUGCGAUAAAAAAGCUAUUCGAAAACGAAGUUCUAACUUUGAAAAAGCUAAAGCAUAACUUUAUCAUCAAAUAUUUGGACUUUGUAACAAUGAACCUGGAUAUGGGGUACCAGUUUGCAAUUUUUAUGGAGUUCGCUGAGCAUGGGACUUUGGCCCAACUUAUAUUUUCUUCUAAAUAUUCAUACUCAAUGUACACUGUGAUUUGUUGGAUGGAGCAAUUGUUCGAUGUGCUGGAUUAUUUAGAAGGCAACCAAAUACUCCAUCGAGACAUUAAACCGGAAAACAUUUUUCUAGACCAACGCUAUUUCCUUAAAUUGGGAGAUUUUGGACAUGCAAAAAUUGCACCUGUAGUAGAUGAGAGUCGAGCUAUCAGUGAAAGCUAUGCUGGCACAGAAAGAUAUAUGAGCCCUGAAUGCUUAUUUUUAGCACCACAAGUAACAACAGGCACUGAUUUGUACUCGCUGGGCAUUGUUUUGUGGGAAGUCAUCGAGAGAAGGACCCCUCGAUCUUUUUUAAAGGAUUCGAUUCUGAGA